AUGGCGGCUGAGAGCGAGAAACAUCCCUCCUGGGGGGUAAGCAUCCUUCACGAACCAAAGGAUGCCGUCUUUGACGUCGUGGCCGUUCACGGGCUCAAUGGACACGCCUUCAACACCUGGACUCACAAGAAAACCGGGAUUAUGUGGCUGAAAGAUCUGCUCCCAAAGGAGCUGCCAAAUGCCAGAAUUAUGACCUAUGGCUAUCGCGCCAGGUUUGCAGAUUUCACCGCUCACCAGGACAUAAGAACGAUUGCGGAGAAUCUACUUCAACAGCUGUCAGGUCUAAGGCAAGAUAAUGCCUUAUCUCAAAGAUCAACUGAGAAGUGCAACGAAGUGAAGGAUGCAACAUAUGGCAUUCUGUUUCUGGCAACUCCACAUAGUGGGAGCAGUCUCGCACGAAGUGGACGGACAAUCUCUAACCUGAUCCCGCGAAUGUUUUCGUUCUCUGCGGGCAGAGAACUCGUAACAUACCUCCACGAAGGCUCGGAAGUCCUCUCUGACAUUACUCUUGAUUUUAUGCAUCAAGUAUCCAAAUAUAAAAUUGUAUCAUGCUAUGAAACAAGACCUAUCAAAAUCAUGGGCAUCCCAAUACUCGUCGUUACUAAAGACUCUUCUCUCCUAAAAAUACCAGGUGAAGAGAUAUUUGGAAUGGACGCCCAUCAUCGGGAUAUAUGCCGUUUCUCUGCAGCUGAUGACCCGUUUUAUCAAGCUAUCGUGCCGUUCUUUAUUGGAUUCAGUAAAGGAAUCGACAAACUGCUUAUUCCACCUACGCCAGCGUCGAGCAGUGUGACGAUCGAAACCGAUACCCUUUUCGAUGUGCCUUACGCACGAUGCGUCGAGUUCCAGGGAAGAAAACAAUUACUUGCUGAUAUAGAGCUAUAUUUUGGCGAACCUCACUCUGACCAGCAAAGGGUGUACGGGAUAUCAGGUCUCGGAGGCGCCGGUAAGACACAGACCGCUUUACAUUACGCCUUUAAAAACAGAUUCAAGUACAAGUCUGGAGUUGUCUUCUUUAAUGCGACUUCAAACACGACGCUUAUAGCCGAUUUCCACCGAAUACAUGACCUUUUGCACAGGGGAAAGGCAUCGAACAAGAUAGACUACCUUAAGAGGUGGUUCUCCAAGCCAACAAGACGUGACUGGCUUUUGAUAUUUGAUGGGUUUAGCGAUCUCAACUCUGUGCAGAUCAGAGAUUUCUUCCCAAACACAUCAUGGGGCCAUAUCAUUGUGACAAGUCGCGAUCAAUCUACGAUAGGUCUUGUCAGCCCCUGUGGAACCAUAAUCACGCCCCUGGAAGAAGAGGCUGCCGUUAAACUCCUUCUGGGGAAAGCGGCAAUUCUCAAUCCUACCCGUAUUGGGGUGCAUGAGAAGACCGUCUCAACCGUAUGGGAACUCAACUUUCGGCAGCUCGAGAACGAUGCCCCAGGUGCCUCACUUCUCCUCCUACUCUUCUCUUUUCUCGAGGCUGCGCAAAUACCUGAAACAAUGCUUCAAAGGGCAUGUUCGGAUAUGCAGAUAUGGUCUGAAAAUGGCGGCGUUCGCGAUAUCUCCGCUGAGCGCGCUGGCAUUGACUCUGAGAUUAUCUCCAUGGUAAAUAAUGAGUUGAGAUUUGAUCAAGCUAUUGAACAGCUGCUAGCAUUUUCCUUAAUACAAACCAGCAUCACCGCCAGUGGACGGUCAUUCUCAGUUCAUCCACUUGUCCAGUCUUGUGCCUCUCAUCGCGUCUCCAUCGAGACACGGCAGAAAUGGCAAGUCCAGGCCAUAAUUCUCGUUACCCACGUAUUUCGAAAGCAAAGACUCUCAAGUGGUAUUGCUGAUCUAGGGGAUACUGGGAACCAGAUGUUCCCCCAUAUUCCUCGCGUGCUAAAGGAGUUCGAAACUCUGGACAAGACUUGCCCGCUUUAUCCAAAGGCAAAACGAGCAAUGUGUUUGUUGCUACUCGAAGGGUCCAAAUUCAAUGGUAAUGUGUGGAGACAGGACACUAUUGCCAAAGCCAAAGAUCUGCUCGAAGGCCGCGAUCCUGUAUUAGAAGCGCGAGUUGCCCGGCGGGAAAGCACAAUAUUGCGCUUACAUGGGAAAAUAGGUGACUCCUAUCGAGUGAUUGAGAAAUGCCUCUAUCAUGGUGCGUUUUCCGAUGGCUUGGAUAUCAGCAAGAAGGCAAACGCCGAGAAAGGUAAAUUAAUAAUUUCAUAUGCCGGCAGCUUGAUUAUGGAGAAUCAGCUUGAACGGGCAAAGAAAGAGCUCGAAUCAUGGCAGCCAAAAGAUCCAAAUCACCCUUCAUUGAUGGAGUCAUCUGUGCUGAGCGAUAGGAACGUUUCCCUGGGGAGACUGCUCAAAAAUCAAGGAUUCUUCAGCGAAGCCUUACCAUACUUUGAGCGGAUAUUUCACGAUAUAAGAAGCGAGCAGUGCAAUGGAAACCCGAUAUGGCAGAUGAAUGCCUUGGCUAAUCUAACAGACUUAUACCUGGAAGUGAGACGCCCUGAUGAUGCUGAAGCAACGCUUAGAGAAACGAUGAAGAUAAUGUACUCUCGUGGAUGGCAGAGAUACUCCAUAAUAAGGAGACUACAGCUCUCUCUGGCCGAAAGCUUUAUUAUGCGUGCCAUGUUCCAGACGGCCGAAGAGUGUCUUAUACGACUGAUCCCGAUUCUCGAAGGGAUUGAAGACCCAAACAUGAAUCAAAAGACGGAGCAUUUCCGAGCCUGGUCUGGGCUCGCAAGAGUAUCCCAUCUCCAGGGCCACUGGGAGCAGGCCAUAACCCGUUGGAAAACGACCAUAAAGGUGGUCGAAAAGAGCGGUUGGUCCAAGAAGUUCAGCCAUGGUGUUAUGCUACAGUCUCUUGCCCACGCUCAAUUCCAGGCAGAUGAGGUCACAGAGAGCCGGACGACGCUUCAGCUAGCUAUGCAGAGCCUUGCAGCUGAAAAAAGGAAAUAUUGGAUUGUUGGCCUAGGCUCCUACUGGUUUGACUAUAUCCAGGCGCCUUUGGGGCAAAUUGGCCAAAGCAAAGUUAUUAUCGAGCCAGAUGCUUAUAGCGAAAAAGAGGAACAGAGUCGGGAAAGGCUCAUUGCUGAUCUUUUCGGGUCUUGA